UUACACAUAUGACAAAUUUCGUGUUAAUUUAUUACAAUUCUGGAAUACACGAAUUAUAAAUGGUCAACGGUUAGCUGACUCAUAGACAGACUUAAAGACUUUACUUUUGUUCCCGUAUCUAGUUAUGGGCCAUAAAUGGAUAAAGCCCAUGUGAAUCAUACUCAUAAAAAGCUCGCAUGUCCAUUAGGGUACUAAAGUCGUCAGCAACCAAGACACAUCUUCGUCUUCCUCGUUGCGAGAGAGCGAGAGAGCGAGAGAAGAUGAGAUUGAUAGUGCACAACAUGUUGUCUUGCAACAUUAGAGGAGUGGUUAACAAGUUUCCUCUCCGUAUCGAACCUGAGAAGGUAAUCGUGAAAGAGGUCGAUUUCAACCCGGAUUUUCUCAAGCACAUGAUCGCCAAGAUUGAUUGGAAGGCUCUCGUGGACGGUGCACGUUCUAUGGGAUACCCCGAACUUCCCGAUCACCCACCAACGACGCUUGAAUCUGACGAAUCCUUUCUCAGGAAAUUUCACCACUCCUUACUCGAGCUUAACCUAGAGGAAGGCUCACUUGUCUGCCCAGAAACCGGUAGGAAGUUUUCGGUUAACAAAGGAAUACCCAAUAUGCUUCUCCACGAGGACGAGGUUUAAAUUAAGCAUUGUGUUAUAGACUGAUUCAUCUUUCAUUACGUGUUAUGGGUGAUUUCUUUUAAGCUUUAGUACACUUCCAAAAUCUUAAUCUUGAAAACUUGUCAUUCUACUUUAA